CAUUCUGAGACCUGAGACACUCGUGCAAAGGAUCAGUCUCCGUCCAUUGAUGAUGUUCAAGGUCCUCCGUUGAAAAGGACAAGACAGAUUACUUCAGCUGGUAACGUUUUUCCAGUCUUCCCGACAAACCAUACAAGGAGCACUGACAGGACGACGGGGCAAAGCGAGGCACGGUGAACUCCGGCGAUGCUGCGCUGCAGGCUGAUCCCGUCGGCGGUGGUGACCCUGAUGCUGCUGCAGGGCGUCGCCAUGGUGCUGCUGUUCGGCUGGUAUGGGCAUCUCAUGCCGUCGACAUCGACGGCCCCGCAGGGCAAAGUCCACGUGCUCCUGCUGUCGUCCUGGCGCUCGGGUUCCUCCUUUCUGGGGCAGGUGUUCAGCCAGCACCCCAGUGUCUUCUACCUGAUGGAGCCGGGCUGGCACGUGUGGACCACGCUGCGGCAGCCGGGGGCGCGGGCCCUGCGCAUGGCGCUGCGCGACCUCAUGCGCAGCAUUUUCCAGUGUGAUCUGUCCGUCCUUGAGGCCUACACACCAGACCAGCGCAACGUCUCCAACCUCUUCAUGUGGAGCAACAGCCGUGCCCUCUGCUCGCCGCCCGCCUGCCCCCUCACGCCCCGCCACUCCUUCAGCAACGAGACCGAGUGCAGGCGCCGCUGUGAUGCACGCGGCCUGCAGAAGGCGGAGGAGGCCUGCCACAGCUACAGCCACGUGGUGCUGAAGGAGGUGCGCUUCUUCGAGUUGGAGUCUCUGUACCCACUGUUGCACGACCCCACCAUUGACCUGCGCAUCAUACACCUGAUCCGAGACCCCCGCGCCGUGGCCAAGUCCCGCGAGCAGGCCAUCAGGGCUCUGCUGUCGGACAACGCUCUGGUGCUGGAGAAGGGUGGCCAGAAGGUCACCGACUCAGACCUCCGCGUCUUGCAGGAGGUGUGCCGUAGCCACGUGCGCAUCUACGAGACCGCCAUGCUGAAACCGCCCGAUUUCCUACGCGGACGCUAUAAAAUGGUCCGCUACGAGGACAUGGUGCGCGACCCGCUGGAGGAGAUCGAGAACAUGUACAAAUUCGUCGACCUGGAGAUGUCUCCGCAGCUCCAGGACUGGAUCUACAAGGUGACCCAUGGCAAGGGCAAGGGCUCGAGGAAGGAGGCGUUCAAGAUCACAUCGCGCAACGCGGAGGACGUGUCCCAGGCCUGGCGCACCACGUUGUCUCACAACACGGUGAAGCGCAUCCAGCAGGUGUGCAAGGGUGCCAUGUCACUGCUGGGCUACCAGCUGGUGGACAGCGAGAAGGAGCAGAAGCGCCUGGACCUGGACCUGGUGGUAUCCCGCAAGCGCUACCAAUUUAGCUGGCUGCCUGCGAUAACGACUGAGUCGCCCAUGUUGUGAGGAAGCGUGUCACAAGCAGACUUCUAGCACUUUGACUCAGAAGCAAGAGUGGUAAAAUACAUAAUGGAUAUGCAUUCCCUGCAUGCAGGGGCGCCGCUAAGGGGGGGAAAGUUGGGACAAUUCUAAGGGCCCACGCCCUUUAGGGCCCCCCAGAGAUCUGAAAGGGUGUGGUAGGGGGGCCCAACCUCAUAUUUUGUCAUAGGGCCCAAAAUUGCUAGCGGCGCUCCUGCCUGCAUGGCCCCUAUUGAACCAUUUACUUGCCGUUUUCCUGCUUACACCAUUUGGCAAUGUGUCGCCCUCUGGUGGAGACUCAUGGAUCUACAUGUUUGUACCUAUGUACAAAUGAAUAUAUGCACACGUGUUUUAUAGCUUUGUAAAGGAUGUAAAAAAAAAAAAAAAUUCUCAUUAAUUUGGCAGUUUUCUACAGGGAUGAAGGAAUACGAGUAUAUUGAUUUAGCUUUUUAAGAAUUCUGUUUGAUAUUUAAAUGAUAGUUUGACUUGCAGGUACCUGCAGUAAGGAAGGAGGAAGUGGGAAAUAUGGAAUUGUCUCAUACAAAACGUGCAGUGUGUUUUCAAUAAUUCCAGUGAAAAAGGAAAAUAUGCAGAUGUGCAUUUAUACGGAACUAACUGCGUCACACAUGACAUGAAGUUAUUGAAAAUGUGGCCUGUGAUGCAUCUUUUCAUUCUGAAGAGAUGAAUAAAGAGUAAAUGGAUACUUUUCAUGAAA